UUAAUUACUGUUAUGUUAAUGUGUGCACACAUUAUUAAUUUGAGAGCACAUAUUAAGUGCACAAAAGUGUAAUUUGUAUUGCACACGGAUUUAUCAAUGCAUUAUUAUUUUCCAAAGAAGUUUGCGAGCUUCGUGUUUAGCUCGUGGGUGUUUGGCUGGACAAUCCCGAAGACUGCCGAGAAAAGCCGAAAGCCGCGGUGCCUUCUGGGAGACUACACACUCGUCAAACCGCCAUCUUUCUUUAUAUCGAGUUGGUAGGGCAAAAUAACAACCAGCUUUUAAUGGUUAUUUCUCCAAAAACAGAACCGCUGAGGCAACUCCACCUGGUCCGUUCUUGAAAAUAACAAGUUUAAAGGGGAGCGAGUGGGGCUGAGUCACAGAUACUGUUCACAUAUCAGCCAUAAGACACAGUAGUUUGGUGUAAGCGCUCGCCUGGUGGAGGUGGUCAACAUGGGCCGCUCUCGGAGCCGCAGCUCGUCCCGGUCCAAACACUCCAAAAGCAGCAAGCACAGCAAGAAACGAAGCCGGUCUCGGUCGCGGUCCAGAGACAGGGAGAGGUCCAAGAAGCGCUCAAAGUCCCGAGAGUCGAAGAGGAACCGCCGCAGAGAAUCUCGCUCUCGUUCCCGGUCCACCACAGCCUCGUCCCGCAGAGAGAGAGCAGCCUCGCCGCCGGAGCGGAUCGACAUCUUCGGCAGGACGCUGAGCAAGAGAAACGCUCUGGACGAGAAGCAGAGGAAGGAGGAGGAGGAGAGACGGGCGGAGAUGGAGAGACAGAGGAAGAUUGUGUCAGCCAUCUUCCCUCCUUUCAUCUGUUCCCUUCCCCCGUCCUCCAGCCGGCAGCAGGAGAUCGAGGAGAAGCUGAUCGAGGAGGAGACGGCGCGGCGAGUGGAGGAACUGGUGGCCAAGCGGGUGGAGGAGGAGCUGGAGAAGCGGAAGGAUGAGAUCGAGCGCGAGGUGCUGCGGCGCGUGGAGGAAGCGAAGCGCAUCAUGGAGCGGCAGCUGCUGGAGGAGCUGGAGAGGCAGCGGCAGGCUGAGUUGGCGGCGCAGAAGGCCAGAGAGGAGGAAGAAAAAUCUAAGCGGGAGGAGCUGGAAAAAAUCCUGGAGGAGAAUAACCGCAAGAUCGCCGAGGCUCAGGCCAAACUGGCUGAGGAACAGUUGCGUAUUGUGGAGGAGCAGAGAAAGAUUCACGAGGAGCGCAUGAAGCUGGAGCAGGACCGUCAGAGGCAGCAGAAGGAGGAGCAGAAAAUCAUCCUCGGCAAGGGCAAGUCCAGGCCCAAGCUCUCCUUCUCCCUCAAGGCCACCGAAUGAGACUGCUCCCCCUUUCGUCCACAUGUCGCGCCCUGCCUUCAUUCCCCCCAACACCCCACCCCAUCCAGCUCUCCCUCCUCACCGUUCGAUCCCCGACUCCUCCUCUGUGGAGCGCUCGCUUCGUUUUGGAAGUGCUGAAGGAAGGCCGAGAGGGGGGGGGAAAAAAAGAGAGAGGGGCGCAACAACCUGGUGUGUUAACUCGCUCGUCCCUGUGAAGGCCCGUGGUGUCCCCUCCCGGCCUUGAAGAGGAGGCAGCUCUUCGCCCUCGAAGGACCUGACUGCUCCCUCCAUCCUUCCUCAUCCCCCUCCGCACAGAUGACUCUUGUUUGUGCUUUUUUUUUUUUUUGUUUUGUUUUGUUUAUCCUCCUCGGUUUUAUUAACAUUUUUAGGGAACUUGAACUUUUGAUGUAGAAUGCUAUAACAUGUCCCCUCGCCCCCCCUCACCCUGCAAGUCUUAACAGCGAGCAACUGUGCGCCUGUGUGCUCCUCUUACAUGUCACAGCCAGCAAACUACAAUAGAACGCCAGUCCCUGACAUAGAAGAGUAUGUGUGACUUUGUCUAGUCCGAUCUUUAAAAAGCUCACGCGCAGCUUGGGAGUUGGCCUGUGGUUUUUUUCCGUUUUUUUUUUUUUCAUUCUUGAAAAUAAGGUUCCUAAAAUGGCCGACGCAGUGGCAACAAAUGACAGCACAGCGUUUUAAAAAGCACAGUUAACAUCCCGUCCAGCUGACAGGUUUGUGUCUUCCACCCCCCCUUACUUCCUUUUUGCCCCAUGACGCGCUCUCGCUCCAUAAGAAAUCCACGGCUUCUCUUCUCUCCGCCUCGGCUGUCUGCCAUGUAAAUAUGUUUUUUUUUUCCUUUCUAAAGGACACAGCAGCACGUUGAGAGGAAAUUGUAAAGCUCGUGUUAGAUUUGAAGUUGCCGCGGCGUAGGUGAUCUCAGCCUCGACUCCCAAGCUGCCCACGAGUGAACCGCGAACCUACACAAGGAAAUCUGUGAUUUUUUUGGGGGUGAGGGGGGUACUGUCGGUAACGAGAGAGAGAGAGAGAGAGAGAGAGAGAGAGAGGACAUUUCCUGUGUGAUGUAAUGUUAUUAGCCUUGCUGUGAUGUCCUGACUCUCACUCCUACCCCGGGUUCAGAUUGUGUUAUGAAAAUUGAUCCACGAUUUAGAUGACAAAAAGUCGCAGUACUGGUAAACACUAGUUUUGGCUCUUUGUGGGGAAAAUUGUACGAAAACCACCCGACCACACGGUCCAUGUUCUGUCCACUGUUUGUAGUAAAGUAACUUGGUAAGGCGCCUGCCUCACUUGGUUGGUAAGUCUUGAUUCGUAGAGGAUGGACAAGUACAGGUAAGAUCAGGUGUGAGGUCAGCAGCUGUGAGAGAGUGUGUAUGAGUGUGCGUGAAUGUGUGUGUGUGUGUGUGUGUUUGUGACUGACAGGCUGACCUCAGGUGGGUAUAAUGACUUUUUGUUACGUCUUGGGAUUUCUGAAUUUGUCUUGUAAUUUCCCCCCCAAAUUGUCAAGGGACUGAACAGUUGAAUAAAUCCAUUGAAUGCCU